AUGUCCGUUAAUGACCAUGAAGUGAAGCAAUAUUUACAUGGCCUUUUCACCAUAAAGGACCUUGGAGCUGCAAAAUAUUUCCUGGGAAUUAAACUAGCUAGAUCACCAGAAGGAAUGUUGGUCACUCAGAGCAAAUAUAUUUCAGACAGUGUACAAGACAUGGGACUUGUGCAAGCCAAGGCUAAGAACACUCCUUUGCCAACACUGAAGCUUUCUUCAGACACUGGAGACCCGCUAACAGACCCCUCCAGAUGUCGCCGCUUAGUGGGAGGCUUCUUUACUAGGCUGGAUGCAUCCUAUGCAGUCCAGCACUUAAGCCUGUUUCUGCAAUGGCCGUGUCAGGCUCAUUGGGAUGCAGCAGUCCAUCUAGUAAAAUACCUCAAGAGCUGCCAUUCUACACGUUUAUUCUUCUCUUUUAACAAUGUUUCAAGGCUAACUGCAUUUUUUGAUGCAGAUUGGGCAGGGUGUCCAGAGACACGAAGAUCAUUGACAGGAUUUUGUAUCUUCUUGAAUAAUGCUCCUGUUUCCUAG